AAAUAGGACUUUAUUAUGGCUAUAAGAAGGCCUGCUUCCAUUGAACCAGAACAAGAUAAUACCUCGUUUCAGUUAAUAAUGGCUUCAAUAUCUUCUGCUUUUGCUAUCUCUUUGGUUAAUUUUCUGGUGUUUUCUUCUACUGUUUUACAUUUGACAGAAGCUCAGCAAAUAGUGCCGGGACUCUCAUGGAAUUUCUAUGAUUCUGCAUGUCCUCGGUUGGAAUCCAUUAUAAGAACACAGUUGCAGAGUGUUUUUGAUGAUGAUAUUGGUCAAGCUGCUGGCUUGCUUCGACUCCAUUUCCACGAUUGCUUUGUACAGGGGUGUGAUGCUUCAGUUCUUCUCGUCGGAUCGGCGAGCGGACCCGGUGAGCAGGAGGCGCCGCCGAAUUUGACCUUGAGGGCUCGAGCUUUUAGAAUCAUCGAAGAUCUUCGCCGCCGCGUGCAUAUGCAGUGCGGUAGAGUCGUCUCUUGCGCUGAUAUCACUGCCAUUGCUGCUCGUGAUGCUGUGUUUCUGUCUGGUGGACCUGACUAUGAUAUUCCUUUGGGAAGAAGAGAUGGACUCAACUUUGCAACAAGAAAUGUAACAUUGGCUAACCUUCCUCCACCAUCAAGCAACACAAGUGCACUUCUUACCUCCCUUGCAACCAAGAAUUUGGAUCCCACCGACGUAGUUGCGCUCUCUGGUGGCCACACCAUUGGCCUUGGCCAUUGCACUUCCUUCACUGAUAGACUUUAUCCCACACAAGACCCUACAAUGGCCCAGACCUUUGCCAACAACCUUAGAGUCAUUUGUCCCGUUGCUAACUCUACUAACACAACUGUACUCGAUAUUCGAUCCCCUAACGUGUUCGAUAACAGGUACUACGUUGAUCUCAUGAACCGACAAGGCCUCUUCACGUCGGAUCAAGAUUUGUACACAGAUACAAGGACUCGGAGCAUUGUUACGAGCUUUGCUAUUAAUCAAACGUUGUUCUUUGAGAGGUUUGUGAUAUCCAUGAUAAAGAUGUCGCAGCUGAAUGUAACGACAGGGACGCAAGGUGAGAUUCGUGCUAAUUGCUCGGUUCGGAAUUCUGAUAAUCUAUCACUGUCUUCUAUUGUGAAAGAGGAAAAGGGGAGCUGGUCUGCAUUUUGAGGGUUGUUCUUGUUUACUUGUUGAAGUGCUCCUUUUAAGUGAAAACAUUUCAAGUACUUUGUGUUUUGUUGUCAUAGAAGAAUGCUUUUGGCAGAGAUGGAGACUGAAACAUAUAGUUUUAACUGUGUAAUAUAGUUAUGUUACUACCUACUAUAAUAUAGUAAAUAAAAGUUGAGCACUCUUUCUAUCAAAA